UGGAAUUUUACGAAUACGAGGCUCAGAAAUCAACCAAAGGACCUGUGGCUUUGUAUUUUGGAAGAUGGAUAACAGACGGGAAAAGAGAGCUAAUAAAACAGUUUGAUCUCAAAGCCCGACAUUUUAUAGGUAACACAAGCAUGGACCCAACACUGUCUCUCAUCAUGACAAACCUGGCAGAGAUCAAAGAAAACCACCUGGUCUUUGAUCCUUUUGUAGGCACAGGGAGUUUGCUUGUUCCGAGCGCUCAUUUUGGUGCAUACGUCCUCGGCACGGACAUUGACUACCUCAUCAUACAUGGAAAGGGCAGAUCUAGCCGACACAAGCAAAAAUUCCGGGGCCCUGACGAGAACAUACGGGCUAAUCUGCGACAGUACAACCUUGAGAAGUUUUAUUUGGAUGCCAUGUUAGCGGACGCGUCCAGACAUGACAUGUGGCGACAGCAUGAAUUGUUCGAUGCUAUUGUGACAGAUCCUCCGUAUGGCAUCAGAGAAUCUGCCAGAAGAAUCGGCACCGAGAAAGAAGAAGUAAUCCUAACUGAAGAAAACAAGGAUGGUCACAUUCCUCAGCGUGUGAACUAUGACCUCUCCGACAUUUUCAAAGAUUUGUUGAAUUUCGCGGCCAAGUUUCUUCGUCUCCACGGCCGUCUGGUGUACUGGUUGCCUGUCUACACUCCAGAAUAUUCCUCAGAAAACAUACCUCGCCAUCCAUGCUUGGAAUUACGCUCCAACUGUGAACAACCUCUCAGUGUCAAGGUCAGUCGGCGACUCAUCGCCAUGGAGAAAACGCGAGAAUAUUGUGAAUGUGCAGAACGACAUGGUGCACACGUUGCUAAAGACCAUUACCAAGGUGCCACAUUCAGAGAGCGGUACUUCAAGCCAGCUCAUAAACACUCACAUGACCAGCACAAAUCUGUUGCCAUGGAAACAGACAGCGGGAUAUUGGACAGUGACAUAGCAGGAAACAUUGAUUGUAGAGAUGUAGAAGAAAGUCACUGUGGUGGCAAAGAGAGUGUCCAUCCAGACAGAGAUGGGGUAGAAACUGAUGGAGCGUUCAGCUGUGCAGAAUUGGACACAGUUCGAGAUUCAAAAGAACCUUUGUCAGAAAUCCACCAUGCAAAUGAGAGUGUUGCUACAUUGGACAGUAUUGGCAAAGAAACUGUUGAGAUGGACAGCACAGAAGUGGACACUGUGAGAACACAAAUGGACGCCGCUAUUUUACCAAAACGGAAUGAUGAAAGUACAGAAUCUGUUAUCGAAACUCAUACAGUGUCUAAGCUGAAAGUAACCAGUUACAAAUCCUGACCUUAAAUACAAAUAUGGAAUAUGAUUUUUCUGGCAUUGUAUUUUUUAUGAAAAAAAAAUAGGUACAUUUUAGCUUUUAUACCACAUCUUAUUUGCAACAUUUUUCAUGUCUUUUAAACUUUAAUUCUGUCAAAAAAUUAAACUAUAUUUAAGACUUCUGAUCCCAGGAUCAAAGUCAAAUUUUAAAAUCACUUGAAAAUUGUUAUUUCUGAUGUAAUAAGGAAAAUUAAGUAUUGCUUAACCACAUAUAU